AUGUCAAGUGGCUCGUGGGAGGAGUUUUUCGCCGUCCACCUCCCACCCACAGACUUCGAGGACAACCGAUCGCUGCUCAAGGAAUUCUGCGAACGCCACGACAAAUAUGGCAACAGAAUCGCGCUGGUUACGUCAGGCGGCACAACGGUCCCGCUGGAGCACAACACAGUACGGUUCGUGGACAACUUCAGCGCUGGGACUCGGGGCUCGGCCUCCGCGGAAUAUUUCCUGGAGCACGGCUACGCGGUCAUCUUCAUGCACCGUCAGAAGUCGCUGGAGCCCUAUACGAGACACUUUAGCGGGCAGAAACUACUCGAUAUGCUAGAGUUGGACGAGCGGGGACCAAACACCACUAUAACCGUAAAGCCAGACAGCGUAGACGUUCUGGCCCCAGUGCUGGCUAGGUACAAAGCCGCACAUUCCGCUGGUGCCUUACUCCACGUGUCCUUCACAACGGUCUCCGAGUAUUUCUGGCUGCUGCGGGCCGCUUGCGAGUGCCUUGCGAGACUGGGGCCCAGGGCUCUGCUAUACCUUGCCGCGGCAGUCUCCGACUUCUAUAUACCUAAAGAUAGGGUGCCGACCCAUAAGAUGCAGUCUGCGAGUGGAGCGCCCAUCAUACAACUUCACCUGGUCCCCAAGAUGCUUGCGCCGCUCGUCAGCUUGUGGGUGCCCAACGCUUACGUGGUCUCAUUCAAACUAGAGACAGACGAGAACCUACUUAUACCAAAGGCUAGAGCUGCGCUGGACAAAUAUAAACAUAAGAUGGUGGUGGCGAAUCUUUUGCAAACCCGCCACCACAGGGUCAUCCUGGUCACACCCGAAGCUAGCCAAGAGGUCCUACUCACUAGGGAAGAAGUCCAUGCAGGCGUGGAUAUAGAGGCGACCAUUGUGGGCGAGAUAGUCCGUCUCCACACGGAACACCUCGGCGGCCCCAGCGUCCGCUGA